CACUGUGUUCUGAAACCUUUCUAGGGAAACCAGAAUAAAUCUUUUCAGCAAUUAGAGCUACAGCAGCUCUUAUAUUGGAUCAGACUAGUAUCUUAUUUUAAAGUAGAUUAUUAAAUCUAGCACAGAACCGUUCAUAACAUCGCUUUUACACAACAAUUUAAUUUCAUUUUUGGUGCAGAAUAAACUUCAGGCAGAUAUCUAAGUCUUGCAAAUGUUGCCAUAAAUUCAGUCCAGCAGUCGAUUUAAGACGCGCCCACUGUUAGACGCAUGCGCAGUACUAGUCUGACGUAAAACUGUUCAGAACCUCGCAUGCAAGUGCUGCAAAAGUUUCUGUCCAUCCAGGUUUGCGUGAUGCUGUGACAAAAUCUGUCUGGACAUACAUACAGGCUGAAAGUUUUCUGAGACUGGUUUCUUGUCCUCCAGUGAAACAUUAUUGAAAGAGCGAGUUCUGACUAAUCAACAGACAGACUCUUUCUUUUAUUUAUAUAGAUAAAUUCAAAUGUUCAUUACAGAUAGACGAGCAAAAUCUGACAAAAUAACAACAGAAAAAUGCAACCGAAUGUUCUUCAUUGAUCCACUGCAGCAGCUUUUCCAACACCGGUAGGAGAAUGUCACACGAGAUGCUCACACUGCUUCCGGUUGAAAACACUCCAGAGCCGAGGCUGAAUCAAUUGCCCGCAGGGAUGCGAGUCGUUUCUGCCUGACACCUUACUCCCAAAUACCCAGGCAUAUGUCAUCGGAGCCGCUUGAUUUCCGACUCGGGGAGAAAAGUGUGACAGCCGGCGCUGAGUCUGUUCCUGCAGAGCUACAUCGACAUGGGUGUGAUCAGUGUGCAACUGGUGGUUACCAUGGUAAUGGCCUGCGUGAUUCAGAAAAUUAUACCUCACUACUCCUUCGCAAGAUGGCUGCUUUGCAGUGGCAGUCUGCGUUGGUACCAGCAUCCAACAGAAGAUGAGUUGAGGAGCCUUGCUGGAAAGCACCAGAAAGCAGGGAAGAACAAAAAGGACAGGAAAUACAAUGGGCACAUAGACACCAAGCCACUGACGGUUCCCAAAGACAUCGACCUCCAGCUGGAAACGAAAUGUAUUGCCGAAGUGGACACACUAGCUUUGCACUACUUCCCGGAGUUUCAGUGGCUGGUGGACUUCACAGUGGCAGCGACAGCAGUGUACCUCAUCACUGAGCUGUACUUCUGUGUAGCUGAGGCUAAUGGAGAGAUGAACAUCAGUGUGGUGUGGAGUUUGUUAGUGCUGGCCUUUGUCAUUAAAAUCCUCUUCUCCCUCACGGCUCACUAUUUUAAGCUAGAAGAAGGCGGUGAGCGAUCCCUCUGCAUCACUUUUGGGUUCUUCUUCUUUGUUAAAGCGAUGGCCAUUCUUAUCGUCACUGAGAACUACCUGGAGUUUGGACUUGAAACGGGUUUUGCAAAUUUUUCUGAAAGUGCUGUUCAGUUUCUGGAGACCCAAGGCCUGCAGUCGCAGGGCCCCAUAUCCAAACUAACCUUUAAGCUGAUUCUGGCUCUACUCUGUGCUCUGAUUGGAGCAUUCCUUACCUUCCCCGGGCUGCGACUGGCUCAGAUGCAUCUUGAUGCCCUCACCUUAAACAUCAACAAAGUCACACAGACGUUACUGCAUAUCAACUUCUUGGCUCCACUUAUUAUGGUACUGCUGUGGGUAAAGCCCAUAACCAAGGAUUAUAUAAUGAAUCCUACCCUGGGGAAAGAAAGUCUGCCUUUGAUGUCAGAGAAGACAUACGACACACUGCGCCUGUGGUCCAUUCUGCUGCUAUGUGCACUGAGACUAGCCAUGAUGCGUCACCACCUACAGGCCUACCUCAACCUGGCCCAGAAGGGCGUUGAGCAGAUGAAGAAGGAAGCAGGACGCAUCAGCACGGUGGAGCUGCAGAAAAUGGUCGCCCGUGUCUUUUACUACCUAUGUGUGAUAGCUCUUCAGUAUGUGGCACCGCUGGUGAUGCUGCUGCAUACGACUUUGCUGCUAAAGACAUUAGGUGGACAUUCCUGGGGCAUUUACGCUGACGAGAAUGAGGACUGUCACCUGGACACAGCGGAACAAGCAGAAGCCCAGGCGCCACAAACAGUGGCACAGCUCUCUGUGGCUUUGGGCGGACUGAGGACUGUUUUCACUCCUUUGCUUUUUCGAGGCCUCCUCUCCUUCCUCACGUGGUGGAUCGCUGCCUGUUUGUUCUCAACAUCUCUCUUUGGCCUCUUUUACCACCAGUACCUGAUGGCUGCAUAGCGACGGGUUACUUAGGGGCCAGUGCAAGCAGAAAGGACUGCACAGCCAAAGGGCCAGAAACUCCAUCUCUUUCUUUUACCAACCAUAUCUCUCUUAUGGGCUUCCUUUAUGGACUUGAUGUCCAUUUUUAGAAAAAAAAAAGAAGAAAAAAAAAGAAAGAAAUGUGUUUUCAGCAUCACAUUGUAAAUCAUAGUGAACAAUAACUAUAAGAGUAAUAAUGAUUAAUGAUUUAAUAUUAAUAAUAUUUGAAAUAGUGACAAGAACAAGGGUGGGUGUGUGUGUGUUAUUUUAACGAGGCAGGACACCCGUGAAUAUGCAGAGGGAUAAUUUCUUAUGAGCCUUUUUUUGUUGUUGUUGUUUGUUUUAAACACUGAGAAUUUUUGGAGUUGUGCAUUGCUUAUUGAGAUACUGUAUUUUUAGAGUUCUAAAUGGAUGAUGGAUGAUAUGCAAAAAAGCGGGGUUUUUAAAUGUGAUUUUAAGUCAUUUUUCAAUUUCGCCUCUGAAACUUGGCUCUGCUGUAGGGAAGGUGGACACCCCCAGUGUUAUACAACUCUAAUAACUGCAAGACAAGCGUUGUAUUACGGCAAAAAAUAGCACUGGGGCUGUGGAUAGCACCUGGGAGGGGGGAGGGGGGUGUAUUAAUUAAAUGUGGGGGUUGUUUUCUAACCUUAUUGCCAGGCAGGUGCUUAAUAAGCCUUUCCUGUUUGGGUUUGUGUAAAUGUACAAAGACUGCGCUAAUUUAACAGUAUGUGCGAGUGUGUAUGUGUGUGUGUGUGUGUGUGUGCAUGUGUGAGAAGAGACAAGUGUUCGAAUAAAGACAUCAAUGCCUGCAGGCUGCAGCUGACCCCUGCCGCUUGCAGGCAUAAAUCUAAAAAGGGCAUAUUGAACAAGAAAGGAGCGAUCUUUGGGAACGAUCUAAAGCACUGGCCUGCGCUCCGCUCCUGCCUCCCCUUUUAGUUUAACUGGUCAAACGUUUUUGCUUUGAAUCUAGGGUCCAGCGUGAUCAAACGGAGCCUGUAAGUGCACCGCACAUGCUACCAUGUCAUGCCUAUUGAUUUGCUGUCACGGCUCUAGUAUUUGGAUUGAUUUCCGUUUAGCUUUAUAUUAAGGUGCCAAGGAUGCGUGGAAGCUCUAAUCUGUUGUGAGUGUAACUGCUUGUGUCCAUUCUCAGACAUUGAGCCAUGUGUCCUGCUGAGACGUGUAAGUAUACAAGCAAUAGGGGGAAGAAACCUCAUGGCUUGUUAAUACAAAGAGUGUGCUUUGUGUGCCUCUUGUACAGCAGGAUAUCGCUGCCCGUGUCUGAAUUCUGCAGAUUUUUAUUAAUUUUGGUCAGUAAAUACCUAAGGAUUGCACUACAGCUCAGCUCAGACAGAUACAGGAUACACAUAUCAUUUUGAUUGGUAAUUGUGUAUUUUUUAUUAUCGCCAUUUUAACUCUUUUAUGAGUUAUAGAAGUCAGUCUUAUCCUCUCUCUCUGUUUCCCAUUUAGGAGAGAGUGCACAGUUUGAAUGUAUCAGUCUUGCAGUUUUUAUGUAUUAUUUUUCACUUUUCAUAUUUUGCCUGGUUCAACUACAACUACAGAUUUUCAGCUUGGCCAAACCAGUGACAGUUUUUGUUAGUAUUACUGACAAAUCAGGUAUUUAUUUAACAUGAAGUGGUGUAAUGUUCUGAAGGCUGUUACCUGGUAUAAAAUUCAGUAUUACAUGGAGGAAUGGGACAAUAACAAUUCCAGUAAUUUUAAAUUUUGGCUGAAAUAUACUUUGCACAAUCGUCACCUAAUCAGUCCGUCAUGUACCCAUUAUCAUUAAAGCAUCGUGAGCAUUUAAAAGGCUCUUUAUCACUUGCAAAGAAGAAACUACUGACGUUGCCAAGUUAUCAGAUUCUUACCUUUUUGUCUUUUUUUUUUUUUUACCACUUCUAAUUUUAAACAAGUAGUUAAAGAGUGACCAAGAGCAGUAGUUAGCUGUUUAUCAUUCACUAAAUACCUCUUUUUCAUCAUAGCUAUGUGUCUUUAAACAUUUCAAACCUAAUGCCAAAUAACACAUAAUCUUGGGUUCUUGAUUGGGUCGUUUGGAUUUCACAAGACAAAUUUGACAAAUCAUUUGUAAAAUUCCUAUUUUUCUUUCUUUCACUUUUGUUUUUCUUUCUUUAUUUUCUCCACUGAUUUGUAGUGGAAUUGAAGCUGGGACACUUCUUAAAAUCCACAAGCCAGAAUGGCCUUGUUUGUCUUAAUUGUGUUUUAUGUAUGUUGUUCAACUGUUUUAUUUAUUAUUUUUUGUUAGUUUGUGUUUAAUAAAUCAUUGUUGAUGGAAAUUUA